AUGACAACACCGUCAUGGACAUCGCAGCCAAUGACAACACCGUCAUGGACACCGCAGCCAAUGACAACACCGCCAUGGACACCGCAGCCAAUGACAACACCGUCAUGGACAUCGCAGCCAGUAGCAGGCAAGGGAGCUUAUAUGACACCGCCUCGAACUUCAGAAGAGAGACCGCUUCCAAUGGCUGCUGCAAGAGCGCAAUGGAGGCCACAUAUGACACCAUCGCGGGCAAUGCGACCAAGACCGCGACCACCUGUGCAAUACCUGACGCAGCGUGGACCAAUAUGGCCAGAACCACCAUCGCAGCAUUCAGAAAUGAGGGAGCAAGCACGAUUCCGAACACCUGAUAGGUUUAUGUUCGUAAGACGACCACCGUCAUCGCUUCGGAUGGCGCAGUUGAGAUCGCUAGCCCGUGGCAUGCCACCAAGGCCACGACCGAAUGGGCUGUUCGUACAGAGACGAGGGCCGGUACCGCCGUUCCAAGGGGAGAACCACAUGCGGUGGACGCCACCGGCAGUGGGGCAAGGAAGACAGCCACAGUUUUUAGCCUCGCAAGAUCCACCAAAUGAAACUUUUUCACGGGUAGCGAUACCACCAUCAACGUCAGCACCUGCAAUGCAGACACCAACAUGGACGACAGCUGCGACAUCACCAGGAAGAGCGAUGAAUAUGCCGUUAGGAAACAGACCACAAACGAUCGUGGGCACUGUUAGGUCCGGCCGGCGGCGAGGUAACCGUAUAGGAUUGAGUCGACGGAGGCCAAAUACAUUACGAGGUAUUCGCUUCAAGAAUAGGGGUGAGGGUAUUUCACGACUAAUGUGA